AUGUUUACCAUCAAGCUAGCGGAUGAUCCAAGAACAUGUAAUCGAGUUGUAACUUCUCGGCCACAGAAAAACAUUGUGUCCCAGCUUGAACUAAUUUCUCUCUGGGAGAAGAAGACGGCUCAGACUUUCAAUAGGAUUCAUCUCUCUGGGGAAGAACUUGUGAAGCUUUCUGAGACCUUACCACCUCCAGACAAUAUUCCAGUGUCAAUCCUUCACAGUGUGUUCAUAAAGGGUGAUAUGACUGGCUACGAACUGGGUGAGGAUGACUUGGAGGCUUCACAGUUAUAUCCAGACUACGAGUACACUACAAUUGAUAAACUUCUUGAUAUUUUUCUCAUUGAUCCUCCAAAGCCAGCAAUGGGAGCAUUUGAAUAA